AUGGUUGUUGCUACAACAUUCGCUUCUUCAAGAACUUUGGCAUCUGUUUUUCAUACUCCAGGUUGCCCUUUUUAUUCAAGACAGCUGCCGCUAACGGAGCUCACAGGCAAAACGAUUCUCCAAGCUAAAAUAUGUGUUUCUUGCUUAAAAAAAGAAGUUCAUUUCUUAUCAUCUGAGGCCUUCUGUGAUGAUAUGGAGAUGAGAUGCCAUGGAGAAAAUUUUGAAGUAGAGCAGGUACCGCAGCAACUACUAUCUAAACUUACAAAUGAUUAUGGGUCGUUUUCAUUGUUCGUGGAUGAUUUACUUUUUUUCUCCUGUAAUCAAGCAUCGCCUGGACGGACUUGGGUUGUCUUCGAUGGGGAGAAAAUCAGUAUUAUGAAUUUACCUUCAAACACUGUGCCGCUGGUGUAUGGUCUGUGGCCACUGGCGCUGAUCAAUAUGUCCGAGCGGUAUCUUUGUGAUGAAAUACUUGCGCUUAGUACCCAGGCGGAAUCGACUACUCAUGCGUCUUCACAGUCAGUCCAGCGACCUUUUUGGAGUCGAGCAGCUCGUAAUCCCUUUUCAAUGAAAUCUGCAUCGCGACAUUAUUUGUCACCGCUUUCCGCAGUUUGCAUUGAGGACGGCGAUGAAAGGCUUGAUAAAAUCCGAACAAAUGUAGCCAAAAAGAGUGUGAAUUCCAUGCGGUGGAGCUUCGUUAACAAUCAACUAAUCGAAGCAACGAAUUAUUUCAGUUCGCCAGGGCGACGCACAGCACGCUCCGAGUUUCGGGCAAAGCAAGAAAAAGAAUUGUCAUUGUUGGCUCUGCGCAAUUACAAGGAGCACACCGACACCAUUAAAGGUCUUUCUGAUGCCACUGAUACAGCUCACUCCAUUUCCGCUAAUACUCUGAAACACAGCGAUAAUAGUCAUGGUGUCAACAACCACAGCAAAGGUUUAAAUCUGAAUGGUCGUGCUGCAGAAGUGGAAGGAAAUUAUCAUGAUUUCGAGACUUCGGAAGCCAAGCGAAAAGAUACUAAUAAAAUUUCUGCUUCGAGUGAAGAGAGGAAAGAGGAAAGCGAUCAAGAGCGGGUGCCAUCCUUUAUUUCCAGUGAAAAUGCAAAUGCUAAUACCACCACACAAUACGAUUCACCAGAUCCUAAAACCAUACAGCAUGCCGAUGGCUCGUGGGAAUAUCAGUACCAAAAUGGCGAUCGAACCUUUCUUCGUACGGACGGUACCAAAGUAUUUCAAACAGAAGGUGUUACUACAACUGUGCGCACUGAUGGCAGCACCCUUUUCGAAUAUCCAAAUGGGUCCUCUAUCUUGGAUCGUUUUGAUGGUAUUCGUAUCACAACAUACCCAGAUGGAACUUCAAAGGAAGAAAACACUUGCUCUUGA